CAUCGUCAUAGGAUCAACAAGGCCCACCCAACAGCCUGUCUCUCCUCCCUUCUUCUUGCAUUGAACCAUGAAGUUCUUGCGAGUCGCUGCGGCGGCAGUCUUGGCUCUCAUAGGGCACACAGAUGCGGUUUCAACCUUUUCGCCGGCAAGGCCCCCUGCUGCUCCCCUAGCCGUGCGAGCGCCUUAUCUCAACGUAUGGCUCAACGGCCAAACGGAUGGACGACCAAGUGGCUACCUCCCUGGACAGUGGCCUAGCUUCUGGACGCAAGGGUUCCAAGGAUGGCAAGGAUUCAUCAUGGUGGACGGAAAGCCCUACAACUGGAUGGGAGGGGCCCCUGGCGCAGACAAUGUUGACCAGCAGGCACUCAAGUACACGUCAACGCGGACGACCUUUAUCUUCAACGCGGGAGGCCUCGUCCAACUGGUGGCCGAGUUCCUCUCCCCAGUCUUCCCUGAUGACUUGAGAAGGCAAUCCAUCCCCUUCUCGUAUCUCAAGGUCUCCGUGGUAUCACUGGAUGGGCGUUCACACCACGUCCAAAUAUACACUGAUGUGUCAGGAGAAUGGGCAUCUGGUGAUAAUUCACAGACUGUUCAGUGGGAGCACCAGGCCGGCGACGGGGUUCGGUCUCACAAGUUUUAUCGUCAGAACCAAGAGCCAUUCAACGAAGCCAACGACCAAGCCUCCUGGGGCAACUGGUACUGGUCCACUGGUGACAUUAGAGGCGUAACCUAUCAAAUUGGACAGGAUACUGUUGUGCGCGGCCAAUUCCUGUCCAACGGUACGCUCACCGGUCACAUCGAUACGGAAUAUCGUGCGGUGAAUGAUCGAUGGCCCGUCUUUGCCUUUGCGCGCGACCUUGGUGCCGUUGGAGGCAGCGGUUCUGCGUCUACCCUCUUCACCAUUGGUGUCGCCCAAGAGGAUGCCAUCCUGUUUCAAGGUCGCGGCGAUUCGCCGCAGGAGGUUCCGUCGCUGUGGACAAACUACUUUGAUGAGGAGGAGCUGGCUCCGUUCUUCUACAAGGACUACACAUACGCUAGCCAGUAUGCCACCAGCCUCGACAGCCGCAUUGCAAGAGACUCUAUCGCGGCAGGCGGCCAAGAUUAUCUUACCAUUACGAGUCUCGCUGUCCGACAAGCCUUUGGUGCCCUCCAAUACACGGGUACCCGCGACAACGUCCAGGUGUUUCUCAAGGAGAUCAGCUCCAACAGUGACAUCCAGACGGUGGAUGUCAUCUUUCCCACGUGGCCAAUCAUGCUGUAUCUGGAUCCCAACCUGAUCAAGUAUACGCUGUCGCCCCUGCUCGAGAACCAGGAGAGCGGCCACUACCCCAACAAGUAUGCGAUCCACGAUCUUGGCAGGUUCCCGCGAGCGUUGGGCUAUCCCGAUGGCAAUGACGAGGCCAUGCCUCUGGAGGAAUGCGGCAACAUGAUCAUCAUGAUGCUGUCGUACGCUCAGAAAACGGGCGAUGUCAACUACCUCCGACAACACUGGACGUUGAUGGCGCAGUGGGCCGAGUAUCUGAUUGAGGAUGCCAAGAUUCCGGCAAAUCAGCUGUCGACGGAUGAUUUCGCAGGCCAUCUUGCGAACCAAACCAAUCUCGCCAUCAAGGGCAUCAUCGCCCUGGAGGCCAUGUCUCGCAUAGCUAGACUGACUGGUCACAAUACCGUGGCUGGGAACUACUCGUCAAUCGCCAGAGACUAUCUCGGUUUCUGGUCUCGUCAUGGCAUCAACCGCGCCGCGGUUCCCAACCACAGCGUACUUCAGUAUGAUUCAGCUGACACAUAUGGUCUCCUGUACAACAUCUAUCCCGACAAGGCCCUCGGACUCCAGUUCAUCCCGCAGUCCGUCUACGACAUGCAGAGCAACUUCUACCAAACAAAGGCCAACAAAUACGGAGUGAUUCUCGACACACGCGGCACGCUGACCAAGACUGACUGGGAGAUGUUUGCAGCGGCCGUGGCGGGACCGGAAACGAAGGCCAUGUUCAUCUCCCUGAUUGCCAAGUGGAUCAACGAGACGCCGACGUGGCGGGCUUUUACCGAUCUGUAUGACACGAACACGGGAGGAUAUCCCGGUAACCAGUUCACGGCCCGGCCGGUGGUGGGCGGUGUGUUUUCUGUGCUGGCGUUGCAGUGA